UAGAGCUGGUGUUUUGGAACCAGAGGGUAUUGUGGAAAUCAAGUACAAAGAAAAGGAUCUAGUCAAGACGAUACAUCGUUUGGAUCCCACAACCAUUGCAUUGAAAAAAGAAAUGGACGAAGCUUUGGCUGCUGGUGAUAAGCUAAAGGCCAGUCAAGUUAAUGAAAAAAUAAAGGAACGUAUUGAGGCUAUGAUUCAUGUAUACCACACCGUUGCUGUACACUUUGCCGAUUUGCAUGACACCCCCGAACGUAUGUUGGAGAAGGGUUGCAUUAAUGAAAUUGUACCAUGGCGUGAAUCACGCACAUGGCUAUACUGGCGUCUAAGACGUCUACUGCUUGAGGAUGCUUUCAUCAAGAAAAUCAUUCAAGCCCAAGAAGGUUUGAGUGUAGGUCAAGCUAAACAGAUGUUGAGACGUUGGUUGGUCGAAGAUAAGGGUACAACGGAGUCUUACAUUUGGGAAAAGAACGAAGAAAUGGUUCAAUGGUAUUUGGAGCAAUUGAAACCCGAUUCUAUUGUAACUGGCAAUAUUAAUGCCGUACGCAAGGAUGCCAUUAUUUCGUCUAUUACGAAAAUGCUUGAGGACUGUCCCGAUGUUACACUAGACGCUGUUGUUGGUCUAUGUCAAAAUCUCUCACCCGUUAAUCGUGGUGUAGUUGUACGCACUUUAGCCCAAUUACAAUUAAAUGAACAACAACCUAGCGGAACUCAAGGAUGA